UCUUCCUUUUUACUGUUUUUAUCUACAACAACUGGUACAGAAACGUGGAAGGGUACCUUUAACAGUUUUAUGAGAUAUAUUUUCCUGGUAUCUUGCAAGAGCAGAACAAUAUGGAGGCAUAUCCAGAAGAUAGCACCUUUCCAUAUUCAGUGAGUCCUGCAGAUUACUGGGCUGACUACAAUUAUACAGGGGAAGGAAUAGUACCAUUUUGUGACAACAGCAGCAUUGCAGAAUUCACUACCUUAUUCUUGCCAGUAUAUUUUUACUUGAUAUUUGCAUUAAGUGUGGCAGGAAAUGGUUUGAUUUUGUUUACACUGCUGGCAUAUGAACACAUGAAAAAUGUGAUCAAUAUAUUCAUCCUAAACUUAAUUAUCUCAGACUUAUUAUUUUCUGUAUCUCUGCCUUUCUGGGCUCAGAAUUAUAGCUCAGAAUGGAUCUUUGGAAAUGGUAUGUGCAAAUUGAUUAAUGGGAUCUAUUUCAUUGGAAUUUACAGCUGUUGCACUUUACUGAUGGUAAUGACCGUGGACCGCUACUUCUUCAUUAUUUAUCCUAUGGCUACAGUACGAAUGAGAACAACAAGGUAUGCAGUUCUGCUGAGUGCAGCUGCCUGGUUCUUCAGCAUUUCUGGAGCUAUCCCAGAAUUCAUCUACUCUGGUAUAAAGCACAGUGAAGAAGGCAAUGGUGUCACCUGUGAGGCCGCUGACAGUGAUGAACAUUCUGCAGCUAUGUGGGGAAUUGUGGGUUAUUUCCUUCAGACUGUAAUGUUUUUUAUGGUACCAUUUAUUAUUGUCACUUACUGCUAUAUCAGGAUAAUACUGAAAGUAAUUGGAUGUACUAUUGUGAGAAAGUAUAAAGCAGUAAAAAUGAUAUUUGUAACUGUGAUUGUUUUCUUUUUAUGCUGGGGUCCAUACAACAUUUUUCUUUUAGUAUUUUUAUCUGUUAAAGGAACUGAAAAGAAAAAUGAUCAGGGGUGUGACCACAGCUGGGAAAAGGUAUAUUUUGUCUGUCAUAGCUUGACGCAUUUCCAUUGUUGUAUAAAUCCAUUCUUUUACACAUUAGUUGGCAAAAAAUUUAGAAGAAGCUUUUUAAAGUUACUUGGUAGUUUUCCUUUAUACACAAACCUUUUAAGUUUACACAGCAGCAGUUAUAAAUCUUCUACAAGCAGACAGCGACCACCUAGCACUGGUGCUGAGGUGGCAGGAGGGGGACAGUGACUUUGUCACUAGGCUCAUUUUUAAUGGAAGAGUGCUGGAACAGUUAUGCACAUGUCCAUGGUGGUGAAGGGACAAAGAUGUUUUAACAUUUAAUGUUAAUGGCCACCAUAUUCAACCCAGCAGUCUCUGAGGUGAAGUAACAUCUCUUCAGGACUUUGUCACUAGACAUGCUACUGAAAAUGAUACAGAAAGAACUUCAGACAAUUAAAUUACUUAAGUCUUAAACAUUGUAUUUCAAUAUCUGUCAUAAAAUAUAAAUUACUGAUUUAAAGCUUCUGAAAUGUAUUCUUUUAACUAGCCCAGUAGAGAUUCACAGUGUAAUCGUGGUAAGAAACUGUAAAUAAAUGCACUUAAGACUGCAAGCAUGUUGUAUGUAUUGUAUUCAGUAUCUUUCAUGUGGAAUGUAAGUAAACAUUACUUAUUUCAUACAAUGAGCACUCAAAGCAGUUUCCAGUGAUAUUCCUCAUUAAAGCAGACUGCAGUGAUUGCUCUCAUCACUCGUGUUGCUGUGCAACGCAGCAGAUAUGCUCUGAGAGUAGAUUUGUAUCCCCCAUUCUCUUCAGCGGAAUAGACAAUGAAGAGUAAAAGCAGUGUGCACAAACUGCAAACAUUUUAAUUAAUACACUCAUAUUCAUGACUAAUGAAACGAGUUCCUUUCAUUUACCAUUCUUUUGUUGCUUACAGGAGUGUUAGUUCUGACCACAAGCCACAUGUUUAUGUAUCUUGAAAGAAAAAUAAGACUGGCCAAAUCAUUCACACUAGAGAAGAGACACAACAAGGCAGAAGAGAGCAUGUUAUCUCGCAUAAUAAAACGAGUUAACAUCUUUAAAUGUUAUGAGAUUCAUCUGAGAGGGGAUAAGCUGCAAUAACAUCCCACUAUAAACAUGUGAAGUAUAUCUGUAACUUAAAUGAAACUGGUGAAAUAAAAUUAUAUGUGACAGAUGAUGACAAGCUGGUGAAACGAUAUUAUGUGGGGUAGUUAUGACAAACCGAUGAAAGAAUAUUCUAUGGGGUACUAUGGCAAAGUGGUGAAACAAUAUUACAUGCUGCAGAUUCUGGCAGCCAUCAGAACACUAAGCUGUUUAUAAGGGCAUAAUUAACAUGAGAAGAAGCAAAUGCCAUAUAAUAGAUGAAUGUAGCACGAAUAGAGGCAGUGGCAGUUUUUUAUUUCUAUAUGCUUUACUUAAUACUUAGGGACCUUGCAUUACUACAGUUUACAUAAGUAACUGCUAAUCUAGCAGUCAGGGAGACUAUUGAAGACUCUAUCCUUGUUUUGCAAUAGCCUUGUGUGGUUAAGUGACUGGCACAGAUGCACAUAUUAUACAAAUGGAAGCUAAACGAAUCAGACUCUGGACUUUAGGAAAUAGCUUGUUCAUACAGCAUAACCUUAAUCUUGUGAUCUUGUGCGCUGGCUGCCAGAUAUACUUACAUUAUGAGGAGAUCUCUUUGUAUGCAAUGCAGUCCAUUGUAACCUUUAGAGCAGCAAUAAAACAUACCAAGCUGUUAGGCAAGAUGGUUAGGCAGGCAGGUUAAGUGCCAAAUUGCCCAACAUUAUUUGCGGACAAAAUGAGUAUUUUUUUAUAUAGUGACAUGAAUUGUUGUAAGAUAAGUACUCCAUGGACUAUAUAAUAGUGCCAUUUUCACAGAGCUGUCUUAGUCUGUUAGCUUGCUGCUCUGAAAAAAAUUUCUGA